UAUGCAACAACAUCUCACCGUACACCUGCCUCAGUCAGCACCACGGACAGCGACCCUGCCAGCUCUCUGCAUACACUGCUAACGGCGCCUCCUGCACACACUGAUACACACACACACUGAUACACACUCACAGCGGGCCCCCAGGGGCAGGGCAUGUUCAUUUUGUAAUGACUACCAGCUAAUACAGCAUAAUCUACGAUCAUGUUACUGCGGCAUUGACAGCUUAACAGCAGAGGGCAGGAUGCAGGCUUUCCUACAGACACCCCCUCGCCUUUUAUUUUUUUAGUUUCUCAGCCACCGGAAAGAUCCCUUUAUUUUGGGCUUCACCGACCAACAUGCCUCCGUCGACUCGUCUCGGGCUUCUCUCAGGGUGGAGUGGCUCUAAAUGAUAACAGAUGUGAUGCACGUCUGGCAAGGAGCACGUCUUGGUUGAGGGUCUCUGCAGAGCAAGGUAGUGAAAUCUCUUCCUCUUCCUACUCCACGCCCUGUCAUUAUCACCAAGAGCUCCACCAGCACCAUGUCCCCUCCAGCAUCGGCUGCGACAGCGAGUGAAAGCAGUACGACCACCGUAUUCGAGGAGGACACCAGGGAGGAGCAAAGACCCCUGAAGCAAUCUCUGAGCAAGUCACUAUGCCGGGAGAGUUUUUGGAAAUGCCUCCUCUUGUCCAUUCUCAUGUACGGCUGCAUGGGAGCGAUGGUUUGGUGUCAUGUCACCAAGGUGACCCGCCUCACCUUUGACAGUGCCUUCAAAGGGAAAUCCAUGAUGUACCAUGACAGUCCCUGCUCUGACGGCUAUAUCUACAUCCCUCUGGCUCUACUGGGCAUGCUCUAUUUAGUCUAUCUGGUGGAGUGUUGGCACUGUCAUGUGAAGAAUGAGCUGCAGCACAAAGUGGAUGUGGAGGGCAUCUAUGAGCGCAUCCAAAGGAUGCAGCAAGCCAAACCCUGCAUCUGGUGGAAGGCCAUCAGCUAUCACUACGUUCGCCGAACACGACAAGUCACACGCUACCGGAAUGGAGACGCUUACACCAGUACCCAGGUUUACCAUGAACGUGUCAACACUCAUGUGGCAGAGGCUGAAUUUGACUACGGUCACUGUGGUGUCAAAGAUGUUUCAAAGCAGCUGCUGGGCUUGGAGAAGUCUGCUCUUACUAAGAUGCGGUUCACCAAGUGCUUUAGUUUUGCCAAUGUAGAGUCCGAGAAUUCCUACCUUACACAGCGAGCAAGGUUUUUCACCGACAAUGAGGGCCUUGAUGACUACAUGGAAGCCAGGGAGGGCAUGCACCUGAAAAACAUUGACCUGAAAGAGUAUGUCAUGGUGCUGUCUGACCCGGACCACCACCCCUGGUACCUGUCCCAUUACGUCUUCUGGUUUGCCUCACUCCUCACGUUCUCCUGGCCUCUCAGAGUUUUCACAGAGUAUCACACUGCAUAUGUCCACUAUCGUGUUGAGAAGCUCUUUGGGCACGAUUACCUCCCCGUGACCCCAUGUGAUGAUCGGCCAUAUUGGCGUCGUAUCCCUCGUGUUAACACCAUUGACAGUACAGAACUGGAAUGGCACAUUCGUUCCAACCAGCAACUGGUGCCCAGUUACUCAGAGGCUGGCCUGAUGGACCUGGCCCAGUGCCCGACCAGCUUCAGCGGGAUACGUCAGAAUUGUGAACGCUGCCACAGAGCCAUCAGCUGCUCCUCUGUGUUCUCCAGGAGCGCCCUCAGCGUCUGUACUGGUGCCAGCUCCCGCAUACCCUUCAGCAGCAGUCGCUUCUCCUUGGCGCGACGCUACGGCUCCCAGCGCAGCUGCUUCUGGAGGAGCGGCAGCUUGGAUGACCAGGAGAGUCCCAGCGAGAACACCCGCUGUCUCUCAGAGCGCCUCACCACAGAUGAUGAGGAACCCCCAGACUAUGAGGACGCACUUUGCUACCCAGUGCUCAUAGUUCACUGUAGCGAGAAUUGCCACAACCACAGAUCUUUCCACAGAAAUGGCUCCUGCGUGGAGACUUCCUUAUGACUAUGCAGUCACUGACAGUGGCAUGUCUGUAGCAUACAAACACUUUGCACAUCAGAAACAAGAGUGUGUAAACAUGUCUUAAUGUGAGAUACACAGAUCUGUGCUGUAUUGUCACACUAUCUGCAACAAAUGCCUGAAUCCUGAAUGUGUGAAUCACCAAAGCAAUAACAGUGAUUAGUGAGUGGAGAACAAAGCGAUGGUGGUAUGUGAACCUCCGAGGAUACACGCACGUGGAGAAAUUAUAUCUGCCUGGCUUCCAGUGAAAACCAAGCAGACACAGACUGUUACACUGUACAUCAUUGCCAUACCUUUUAUGGUCUCAUAUGUACCGUACAUGUAAAACUGAAGCUGCAGUUACCUCAUACGACCCUUUCAGAGGCCACGAAGAAGAUGGGCAGGUUAAACACCUCAUUUAUUCAGUGAAAUCUCAGUAACGCAAACACUGACCAGUCAGAUAACUACAGCAAUAACUGUGAAAAUAAAUAUCCUUAUAAGUGAAAAAGUAAAAGGAGGAACAUCAGUGAAGCGUGUCGGCUUAUGCAUGUCACAAAUAGACAAUAGUCAACAUGGAAACCUGCCGAACAAAGAGACAAAGGAACUCUGGAUUCUCUCACUCACUGUUAUACCAAUCUAUAAUGUUUGAAAACUUACAUUACUUGUGUAAAGUGUUGUAAUUUGACUUUGUACCUACUUUUUUUUAAUCAACAUGCCUCAUGUAUUUCUACUUCAGUUAGUGACUUUCUGCAGAAUGCCUUGUGACGAGUGCAGAAAACAGGUACGAACUCACUUUCAGCUGGGUUUGUUAGUAGGUGAACAGUGACAUAAAGAGAGUAAAAACAGCUGUUUUAACUGAGAUAAAAAAUGGAUUGUGUCCUUGUCCUCAGAGCAAACCUGUCUUUGUGGUUACCUUACAUUCUGUUCUAUUGAGGCUGCUGUGGGAUGGAGAAUUUGAUAUAGCUGAUGUGCUUCUUCUACAAUGGAUUUCUCACUGUUGGACUGUUGACUGUUGGUGCUAUAUGGCAGCUCCAGAGAGAAACGUACUUUUCUUUUGGAUGUUGACAGACUUUCACCUAAAUCUGAUGUUUACAGCUGAUGUUUUGAAACAUUUUGUCUGACAAACCUCCACUGGAAUUCUCUAAGUGUGAUGACGCAUUGUCACAGUUUGGAUGCUUUUAUUGUUAAAGAACCAGUGUGUAACAUUUAGGGGGAUUUAGUGGCAUUUUGUAGUGAGGAUUUCGGAUUGCAACCGGCCGAAACUUCUCCCAGUUAGAAUUCUUUCAGUGUUCCUUGUUCAGGAGGAUUUUGCUGGGAGCCAAAUUAUCCACGAAUGUCUCUUCCUCUAUAAAAACAAACAGACCAGGGGAUUUAAACUGGUCAAAAAAGUCUUAACUCAUCUUUUUUCUCUGAUAACUUAAGAUCCAGAUCUUCAGUAGGUUGUUACCAGGAGCUGAAUUAUCCGCAGAGGUCUCUUUGUCUCUAAAACAAACAGACUAGGGGAUUAAAGCCAAUAAAAACACUUAAUAAAGCAGUUUCACAUCACAAACAAAUGAUUCUCUGAUGCUGUUUGGCCUGUUGGAGACAGGCUGAUAGCCCAGCACCUGCUUAUGUUUGCUCACCUUUUUUCUCGAAAAAGUUAAGAUCCAGACAAUCAGGAGCUGAAUUCAUUUUAGAGGUCUCUUCCUCUCAAAAACAACCAGACUUGGUGAUUUAAGCCACUGAAAAAACAAACACAAAAGCACAAAUGGCCCUGUCUAGAGCCAGUGUUUGGUUUGUCUGUUCUUGCCUGCUGUAGAAACAUGAUGGUGCAACAUGGCACUCUCCAUAGACAAGAACAAGACAAGAAUCAGCUCCCUGUGCAGAUAGGUAUAAAUGGCUCAUUCUAACAAAAACACAGUAGUUCUUAUUUUCAGGUGAUUAUACACUAAAUGAAACAUACUUAUUAUAUUAUAUUCCAUUUCAGUAUAUCCCACUGAAUCCUGCACACUGGACCUUUAAGGUGUUUUAGGUUGUUUUUUUGCUUUAACGUUUGACACAUGAUUUGUCUUGACUGACCCAGAAACAGGAAAUUUUUGGGAGCUCUGAUGCUGUCGAGUCAAAUGAGCCCUCACCUCAACAAACUAAAACACGUUUUGAAAAAUCAGUCACCCGUGAUAAAAUAAGAGAGUACAUUUUUGGGCUUUUUUUCUACCUACUGCCACGACAAAAACCUGCCGGCAACUGUGGUUCAAACACAUACACAUGUCAUCACAAUAAUCUUGUCAGAAAAGACAAGGACGGGCUUACAUUGACUCUACACUACAUUUCAACAGUUGGAUUUCACAUCAUUAUCAUCUGUCGAACGACAAACCACAGUGUGGAUUAAACUGCAAAAAGAUCAUAAGGUCAUUAAACCCAUGCUCAAAUUUGCAUGAUUUUCUUCUGCUAAGACAAUUUGUUAGUAACCAUAAAACAUGAAUGUAAACCACCAGCACACGUACAUGAUAUACUGUAGUAUAACCCCAUUAUGUGUCUAUUGUAAAGGAAUAAUGCUCCAUUUUGUAUCUGUAAAAUGGUGAUUUCACUGUCCAUUGUACAUUGAAUGUGCUUAGAUAAAAAGCACAGCACACACAACAUGUCGACAUGUUUCCUGAAGAGAUUUUGGAUGUUGAAAUCUGAUCUAUCUGAAGGAUCCCUGACUCUUUUGAGGAGAUUUUGCAGACAGUAUAUGCAAGGAUGUAAAUGCACUUAUGUUUACAUAUGGACAUCAGACAAACUUUAUAAUACUGACUUUUUUAUGACAUCUAACAAGAACACAUUGUAUACGUCUUAGCAAAUAACAUAUUGUUCUUACAUUGUUUUCAAUAAUGUGGUGACACAGUAUUAUGCACUUGAAGUGACACUAGACAUUAUGAAUUGUAGUGAAGCUGAAUGUUGAUGUAAAUUCCUAUGAAAUAAUAAAGUAUUCAAGCUGAUAUAUUGAUAAAUGCUCAGACAUUAAACGACACAUGACCACUUAAGGCUUCUUGUAAAACUGUUAAAGAUAUUCUUGUUGUUAUUAUAAUGAAAUGGGCUGUAU